UUUCAGUUUACAACUGGGCUCUCCCCUUGGCGGACAAAUUGCGAAUCCUUGAGCCAAGCAUCCUUUUUUCCCGUUGAUCAAAACAAAAUGCGCAGAUAAAAACAAAACUGAUGUUGGUGACAUAAUGUGUUGAGUAUUUCGCUAAUGUGAGAAAUUGUAAAUUAAAUGCAGAAAAGACCCCAAGAGGAAACUCAAUAGAAAGUGCUUAAUAAGUGCCAUCACUACAAAAGAAAAAUAUAUAAGAAAGAAUAAUAAAAACUGAAGUUAAAGUAAAGUGCUCCAGGAUCGAUCCCCUCGGAUACCCGAUUUAGUUAAGACCCCCGUCAUCGUGUAUAUUUGUCCCUCCGGAAAAAGUGAACCGCCGCCGUCGUCGUACACCUUGGUUUUCUUCGCUGGCAACGUAGUCGGCCAUUGAGUUGGCCGAUACCAAACGACCUUCAAAACGUUUUGCGUCGAGGCAAUACGCACCAUGGGCUGCGCACAGUCUGCCGAGGAGCGAGCCGCAGCCGCCAGGAGUCGCCUCAUCGAGCGCAAUCUCAAGGAGGAUGGCAUACAGGCGGCAAAGGACAUCAAACUCCUGCUGCUGGGUGCCGGUGAGUCGGGCAAGAGCACAAUAGUCAAACAGAUGAAAAUCAUUCACGAGAGCGGCUUCACUGCGGAGGACUUUAAACAAUAUCGACCGGUUGUCUACAGCAACACAAUACAAUCAUUAGUUGCAAUAUUGCGCGCGAUGCCAAACCUAAGUAUUCAGUACAGCAAUAACGAGCGGGAGAGCGAUGCCAAGAUGGUGUUCGACGUGUGCCAGCGGAUGCACGACACCGAGCCCUUCUCGGAGGAGCUGCUGGCCGCCAUGAAACGACUCUGGCAGGACGCCGGCGUCCAGGAGUGCUUCUCGCGCAGCAACGAAUACCAACUGAACGAUUCCGCUAAAUAUUUCCUGGACGAUUUGGAUCGGUUAGGCGCCAAGGAUUACCAGCCGACCGAACAGGACAUCUUGCGUACUCGCGUCAAGACCACUGGCAUCGUGGAGGUACACUUCUCCUUCAAAAACCUCAACUUUAAAUUGUUCGACGUGGGCGGCCAGCGGUCUGAGCGAAAGAAAUGGAUACAUUGCUUCGAGGAUGUCACAGCGAUCAUUUUCUGCGUGGCCAUGUCAGAGUACGAUCAGGUCUUGCAUGAGGAUGAAACCACGAACCGCAUGCAAGAGUCGCUGAAACUGUUCGAUUCGAUCUGUAACAACAAAUGGUUCACGGACACCUCGAUCAUUCUGUUCCUGAACAAGAAGGAUCUGUUCGAGGAGAAGAUCCGCAAGAGUCCCCUGACAAUUUGCUUCCCCGAAUACACAGGUGGACAGGAGUAUGGCGAGGCGGCUGCUUACAUUCAGGCUCAAUUUGAAGCGAAAAACAAAUCAACCUCAAAAGAAAUCUACUGCCACAUGACGUGCGCCACAGAUACCAAUAACAUUCAGUUUGUAUUCGAUGCUGUCACCGAUGUCAUCAUAGCAAACAAUCUGCGCGGCUGCGGUCUGUACUAAGGAUCCGAUCGAGAUCAAGAUCAAGAUCGAGAUCGAGAUCGAGAACGAGAUGAUGUGGAGCAGAAAUGGGGGGCGUUAGCAGGGAACACCGUAACGGUAUUAAAGAGCAGCGCGGGAGCACAACAACAACAACCCACCAGCAUUGAUCAAAAAACCAAACAAAUUUAAGAGAGCAACAAAACGAUGAUAGGAACCAACCGCAACUAUAACACAAAGGACACAGGACACGGGACACUCUACACUGGACACUCUCAACUGAACAUUAAACACUGGACACCACAGGACUCUGAACACUGAACAAGCGAAGCCCAAAGAACUUUUAUUUGUUUAACAAAAAACGCGCAAUGACGGAGAUCCCGGAUGGAUGAUGAAAAAUAUAAGGAAAUAAGCGACAAGUACAUUACAUAAUAUCGAUAAUAUUUGGUGCAGAUACAUAGAUGCAAUGUCAGAUCAGAGGAUCACUGAGGAUUGAUUUGAAUGAUUGGUAGCAGCAGAAGCAGCAGUUUGAUUGAAAGGCAUUUCCUAUUAAACAUACAUACAUACAUAUAUACAAAACACACAUACAUAUGCAUUAUGCAAGGCCACAUGUACGACAUGACACCAACACCGGACACGCACACUCUCGAAACACAAGCGCAAGCAUUGCAUAUAUAUAGUUGUUGUUUGGUCUGAAUAAUUUUUAUAGAACUUCAUAAUUUAUUGGGUAGCCCUUAGUUUCCUCAUGUAUUUAUUAAACCAAAAGAAAGUCAGAAGGACAAAGCGAUACACUUCUAUACAUAUACAUACAUAUAUAUUAAAAAAAUAUAUAUAUAUAUAAAUAUUAUAUAUUAAAUGUUUCCUGUUGCAAUCUCUCUUUGGAAUUAUUCAUGCCAUCAACGCUCUGCAUUUGCAUCAUGCUUGUUUAGACCUAAGUUCGAAAGAGUUUCAACCAAAUCCAAACAGCAGACGGCAACAAAGGCAGCGGAGCUAAGAAAUAAUAAUAAUAAUAACUAAUUCAUUUGAAUUGCGUGUCAGCGUGU